AUGGUAAAGAAAGUUGAAAAUAGUGAAAUCUGUUCGAAAGGAUUUCAUGGAUUUGUAAGCCUGUCUAAUACGAAUCAAUUUGUCGAUCUAGCUAGAGUGAUGCCUCAAGUGUUCCAAUUAAUGCUCAAAAUUUUGUCUCCAACAACGUUAGACUAUAGCCCUAAUAGACAAAUCACCAUUGAAAAUAGACUUCUUCUGUUUUUAGUAAAAAUGAAAAGUGGAAUGACGUUUUCUGCAAUUGGAGUACUUUUUAACAUGCAUAGAACAACAGCUUCAAAAAUAUUUUACUGCACAUUAGAACACUUGAUUGCUAAAUGUCAACAUUUCAUUUUUUGGCCAUCAAGAGAAACUGUGCAAGCAACUAUGCCAACUUCCUUCAAGCAAGAGUACAAGAACUGCAGAAUAAUUAUUGAUUGUACAGAAUUUGAGGUGGAACAGCCAGUUUCUAUAAAGCAAAGAGUCCAAUUUUACUCCCAUUAUAAGAAGGGAUACAGGGUUAAAGUGCUAGUAGGGUGUACUCCCUCAGGAUUUAUUUCUCUUUUGAGUAAGUGCCAUGGUGGACGUGCCAGUGACUCCCAAAUUACUAUAUCAUCUGGUAUUUUGGACCUUUUAGAACCAGGAGACCUUGUACUUGCAGAUAAGGGAUUCCCUCAGAUUAAAACUUUGUUAGAUGAUUCUGGAAGAGAUGUUUUAGUUGUAAUGCCUCCUUUUUUAGAAAAUAAGCAUUUUACUGCAGAAGAAGUUGACAAAACCCGAGCAAAACCUAUAAAGUGGCAAAAGUAA